AUGGCCUCGACAGUCAAACAUCUGAAGGCGGAAGCCGUGUUUCCCAUUGCUGGUGGCCCGUUCAUUCAGUUCCCCAGUAGGAGAAGUGUCGUCCACAGCACCAAAGGGAUUGUGGCCUGCACGCAACCUCUGGCUGCGGAGGCGGGGCAGCGAAUCCUGAAGAUGGGAGGGAAUGCAGCGGAUGCUGCCGUAGCCGUCGCCGCUGCGUUGAACAUGACGGAGCCAUCUUCAACGGGAAUAGGAGGAGACAUAUUCUGUUUGUACUUUGAUGCCAAAACCCAAAAGGUCCAUGCCCUCAAUGGCUCGGGAAGAAGUCCUAAAAACACCACGGUCGAACAAAUCAGAGGGGAGCUCGGUGUGUCCGCUUCCACGCGAGUCAAGAUUCCCAGCCACAGUGCACUCGCCGUCACUGUGCCUGGUGCUCCCGCUGGAUGGGUAGACACGGUAGAGAAGUUCGGCAGUGGUAAGUUGAGCCUGGAACAGAUCCUGACCCCUGCCAUUGAGCUUGGGGAGGGAGGCUUCCCGGUCAGCGAGCUCUCUGCAACAUUUUGGCAAGCUGGCGAAGAGGACCUGAAGCGGGCGUCACCCAACUUUCGAGAGUUGCUCAAGAGAGACAAGAAUGCGUCACAAUUUGCCCGGGCCCCGCGCCCGGGUGAGAUCAUUCGAAACCCAGCAUUGGCGAAAACAUUCAGAGCCUUGGCCACCGAAGGAAAGAAGGGAUUCUACACCGGACGCAUUGCCCAAGCGAUCGUCGACGUCCUGAAGUUGACCGGUGGAUACAUGGAGCUGUCUGAUUUGGAAGACCAUAUGAAUCAAGGGCCACACGAGACCAAACCCAUCUCGUUGAAAUUCCGCGGCCAGAAUAUCAGCAACACGGCACCACAAAGAGUGGCCAAUGGCAGUGCGGAUGGGCAUUUCGUCGAGCUCUGGGAGCAUCCUCCCAAUGGGCAGGGUAUAGUGGCUCUGAUGGCUCUGGGCAUCCUAGAAGAGCUCGAGCGGACGGGGAAGAUCCUAACGUUUGCACAAGAGGACCACAACAGUGCGCCGUACCUGCAUGCCGUGAUUGAGGCUCUUCGCAUAGCUUUCGCCGACGCUAGUUGGUGGGUGACGGACCCUGAACAUUCGCCGGUUAAACCAGAAGAGUUGAUUUCCCGGCCAUACCUCGCCGAACGGGCGAAGCUCUUCGACAAGGACAAGGCCCAAAACCAUACCAACGGACAGCCGGGACCCAGCCCUGCCCAGAAUCACAGCGACACGGUGUACUUUGCGGUGACUGACAAGGACGGAAACGGCAUGAGCUUCAUCAACUCCAUCUACGAGGGGUUUGGAUCCUCUAUCAUCCCACAAGGGUGUGGAUUCACCCUGCAGAACCGCGGGUCAAACUUUAAUCUAGGCCCGGAUGACCAUCCUAACAUCUACAAAGGCGGAAAGAGACCUUACCACACCAUCAUCCCAGGAAUGAUCACCCACGGCGAAGAGUCCGAACGAGCUCUGCACUCUGUGUUCGGAGUUAUGGGUGGUUUCAUGCAGCCGCAAGGGCACGUGCAGGUUCUCCUGAACAUGGAGGUGUUUGGGAUGAACCCCCAGCAAGCGUUGGAUGCACCAAGAAUAUGCAUCGCCGCGGGAGUCCCGACAGGAGGAGAUAAGCAAAUAGGCGCGGUGUUUGUUGAGGAAGGAAUCGACGAGACGGUAGUCAAGGUACUGGCGCAGAUGGGCCAUGACGUGCAGGUGGUCAAGGGAUGGGAGAGAGGCAUAUUCGGUCGAGGCCAGGUCAUUAGGAGACAUGUGGAUGAAGAGUCUGGUCUGGCGGUGUUUAGUGGCGGUAGUGACAUGAGGGGGGAUGGAUGUGCUCUACCUGCAUAG